GCGGUGUCACGCUGGGCCGGCCCGGCGCCCAUCCUGGCAGCGCCCGGUGCCCGCGGCCCGCCCUGCCCUGCCCUGCCCUGCGGAUGUGGAGCCGGCACCGCCGCAAGCUCUCAAGAGAUGGCAGAAAAAACGAAAGAGAUGAUGGAAAGCUGGUCUUUCUUGGAUACUGUUGAGUCUAACUUCAGGCCCCUGGUAGUAAUUGAACUUGCAAAGGGCACCAAGGAAGAAACCAUAGAAUGGUUCACUAAUCGAAUUGUGGACAAAAAGGCAAACGGAGGUGCACAACUACUGAUUAAACCACUGGUUACGGAAAAUGGAGUUGAAAAUAUUUAUCUGGUUGGAGCUUCCCACUUAAGACUUUUGCUGGGAGCUGAAGCUGUAGGUUUGGUGAAGGAAUGCAAUGAUAACUCAAUGAGAACUUUUACAUACAGCAGUAGAAAAACUUUCAAACAUUUUGCAGAUGACAAUCACAAUUUCCUUACAAUGGCAGAAUGUCAGUACAUCAUCAAACAUGAACUUGAAAAUUUGAGAGCCAAAGAUGAAAAAAUGAUCCCUGGAUAUCCUCAGGCAAAGCUGUACCCAGGAAAAUCAAUUGUGAGAAGAUUAUUGACCAGUGGUGUUCUUGUUCAGAUUUUCCCUCUGCAUGAUAGAGAAGAGUUGAAAAAGCUUAGUCACAGCUGGUAUGGCCGAGUGAAAGUUGGUUAUCAACCUUUAGAUGACAUACGCUGCUACUUUGGCGAAACCAUUGCUCUCUACUUUGGCUUCUUAGAGUACUUCACAUUUGCUUUGAUUCCAAUGGCUGUCAUUGGGAUUCCUUAUUACAUGUUUGCCUGGGAAGACUACGACAAAUACGUGAUGUUUGCCACAUUCAAUUUGCUGUGGUCCACUGUGAUACUGGAGGUUUGGAAGCGCAUCUGCGCCAUCCUGACGUACCGCUGGGGCACGCUGCUGAUGAAACGACAGUUUGAAGAACCAAGACCAGGCUUCCAUGGUGUGCUGGGGAUCAAUCCUGUCACUGGGAGGGAGGAGCCAGUGUACUCAAGUAUUAAGAGACAGUUACGGAUUUACCUGGUGUCCUUACCAUUUGUGUGCCUUUGCCUCUACUUCUCAUUGUAUGUGAUGAUGAUUUACUUUGACUUGGAGCAGUGGGCUCUGGAUUAUCACAGAGAGAAUGAGUCUAACUUCAGCAACUUGAUGCUAUUCGUGCCCAGUAUCAUCUAUGCCAUUGUGAUUGAAAUUAUGAACCGCAUCUAUCGGUAUGCUGCUGAAUUCUUAACAUCGUGGGAAAAUCACAGGCUGGAAUCUUCAUAUCAGAAUCAUUUAAUUCUGAAGGUUUUAGUGUUCAACUUCUUAAAUUGUUUUGCAUCCCUCUUCUACAUUGCCUUUGUAUUGUUUGAUAUGAAGCUUUUGAGGCAGAGUUUGGCCACUUUGCUGAUAACUUCACAGAUCCUCAACCAGUUUGCAGAAUCCUUACUUCCUUACUGGCUCCAGAAGAGAUACAACAGGAAGAUGAGGAAACGCAUGUGUUCCAAGAAAACUAAUGCAGACCUGUCAUUAGCUGAACAGGUCAACAUGGAGAAAGAAAUGGGAACCUAUUUGGGUACUUUUGAUGAUUACCUGGAGUUGUUCCUGCAGUUUGGCUAUGUGAGUCUUUUCUCAUGUGUUUAUCCACUGGCAGCUGUUUUUGCAGUGUUAAACAACAUCACAGAGAUAUAUUCUGAUGCCUUAAAGAUGUGCAGAGUUUACAAGCGUCCAUUUGCAGAACCCACAGCAAAUAUUGGUGUUUGGCAGUUGGCCUUUGAAACUAUGAGUGUUAUAUCAGUUGUUACUAAUUGUAUACUGAUUGGAAUGUCUCCAGAAGUGGAUGCCCUUUUCCCAGACUCAAAAAUGGACCUUGUUCUGACUGUGGCAUUCGUAGAGCAACACGUUUCUGCAGUGAUGCUUUCCUUUGGCAAAGGCCAACAGAGGACAGAGGUUCCAGCACUUGCUACUAGCAAUAAAGUUUAUUAUGGCUUUCGUAAUUCCUGAUAAACCAAGAGAUAUCCAGAUGAAACUUGCCAAAUUGGAAUUUGAAUCUUUAGAGGCUCUCAAACAACAGCAAAUGAAGCUGGCAGCAGAGUCCCUGAAGGAGUAAACACGGAGGAAUGAGGAUGACUAAGGCGGUCACAUGUGAGGCGGAACCAGGGUUUGUGGUCGUGUGUGGCGCUCAGAGUGCACCCUCCACCAUCUACUGAGUAGGUGGCACCUGCUUAUAUGAAACUUGGUAAAUAAUCUUCGCCUGACACUGUAAAAAAAUGUAUUUUCUCCUGCUCUCUUCGUUUCUCAUAUGCAAUUGCUUGUGAAGGUAACACCAAAUAAAGCACUCCAGCUUAUGCCAGGUCUGGAUAAAAUCUGCCAGACUCCCUGUGCUUUGAGUGAUUGAAAACAGAUCCUGUGAGGAAGCAUCCAGAAGCUAACUAGAAUUUUCAGCUGCAGCUUUCUAAAGAGGAAAAGAAAAAGCAGACUGUUCUUUAAUUUACUCUCCCUUAUGGUUAUUGCCCCUUUUGUUUUUCCAUUACAACAGCUAAUCAGUCCUCUAUUAUUUCAAAGAUUUGCUUAUUAGCUGCUGCUUGUCCACAGCAAAUUAAUUUAAGUAUGUUAUACAUUUCAUAGGGAGCAAUAAUGGAUUUCAUUAUUUGAUCUGAGAAAUAGUUGAACAUAAAUAUUUAUAGAAUAUGUAUUAUAUACUCCUGUUUGCUAGUUCUUUAAACAGGUCCUAGCUAAAAUCUUUUAAAAAGCUAGGCAAAAAAAAUUAGUAGGAAACAGAUUGCUGAUCAGUGACUUAUGAAGCAUAUUUAUUUUCUAAUUUACAUUGGAUGUUGGUAUCACUCUCCUGGAUUCUGAACUGUAGUAUUGUAUGAAUGGAUCUUCUGGUUAGAUGAACAGUAACAGAUCAAUUAAACUUGAUACUUGAUACACCAG